CCGCCGCGAGCUGCCGUCCGUCCUGCCGCGGCUCCUCUCUGUGUGUCAACAUUCUGACAGUUGGAUGGAGCACAUAGAAAUGCUGAAAGUUAUUGUGGAAAUGUUUUUACCACAUAUGAACCAUCUUACAGUGGAACAGACUUUCUUUUCACAGAUGUUACCAAAGACAGUGAAAUUAUUUGAUGACAUGAUGUUUGAAUUAACCAGUCAAGCCAGAGAACUAUCAAGUCAAAAUUUAGAAAUCCAGAAUAUCCUAAGAAAUAUUUUACAGACCAUGGUCCAGGUCUUAGGAGCUCUUACAGGAUGUGUUCAGCAUGUAUGUGCCACACAGGAGUCCAUCCUUCUGGAAAAUAUUCACAGUCUUCCCUCCUCAGUUCUCCAUAUAAUCAAAAGUACAUUUGUACAUUGUAAGAACAGUGAAUCUGUGUAUUCUGGACGUUUACACCUAGUUUCGGACCUUCUCCAGGCUCUCUUCAAGGAAGCCUAUUCUCUCCAGAAGCAGCUAAUGGAACUCUUGGACAUGGUUUGCUUGGACCCUCUAGUAGAUGAGAGUGAUGACGUUGUGGGCAUGGUCAUAGUUAUUCAUUCGUUGUUGGAUAUCUGCCGUGUUAUUUCCAGUAUGGACCAUGCAUUUCAUGCCAAUACAUGGAAGUGUGUAAUUAAACAGAGCCUUAAGCACCAGUCGGUUAUAAAGAACCAGUUGAAACACAAAGAUAUCAUUACUAGUCUGUGUGAAGACAUCCUUUUCUCCUUCCAUUCUUGUUUACAGCUAGCCGAGCAAAUGACACAGUCUGAAGCACAGGAUGAUGCUGACUACAGAUUAUUUCAGAAAACGCUCAAAUUGUGUCGUUUCUUUGCCAACUCCCUUUUGCACUACACUAAGGAAUUUCUUCCUUUCCUUUCUGAAUCUUGCAGUACUUUGCACCAGCUUUAUCUUCAGGUAUACAGCAAGUUCCCUCCAAGCCUGUAUGCUGCCACCUUUUCUAAAGUGUAUCAGGAGGAAAUGACAGGCACUUUCUUCGUGGCUCUGGAUCCCCUCGUCGGUCAGCUGCUCACAUUCCAGCCUUUCGUGCAGGCAGUCUUGGACAGUAAACCAGAUCUGCCCUGUGAGCUCCAGCUCCCACAGUGUCUCCUCCUGCUGGCUGUUAUGGACCAGCUACCUUCUCAGCCAGAGGCGGUACAGGCCCUGUGGUGCACAGAGGACCGGAACGCAGGCUCUCCCGCCAGGGUGUCUCUGCUCAAGGCCAUUUUCUGCAGCUUCGAACAUUGUUCUGGUGAACUCUCCCUCCCAGUGCACAUGCAGGCAGUGCAGGGUGCAGGGCAGGCCCUGGGGGCUGUCACCUUGUACCAGCACGUCUGUGUCCACCUGUGUGCCUUCAUUGCCUCCCUUCACCCCUCACUGUUUCCUGAGCUGGAUGUGGCUCUGUUGGAUGCGGUGCUGAGUACUAACAUGAUCACGUCUUUGUUAGCUAUGGAUGCGUGGUGCUUCCUUGCUCGAUACGGGACUGCCGACCUCUGUGCGCAGCAUGUCACCGUGGUGGCCCACCUGAUAAAGUCUUGCCCUGGAGAGUGCCAGCAGCUCUCCAGCCUGUCCAUGCUGUUGAAGCGUCUCUUCUUCUUCAUGGUCCCGGCCCAGCAGGUGGAAUUUAUCCAGAAAUUUUCUCCAAAAGAAGCAGAAAAUCUGGCUCUGUGGCAGCAUAUCUCCUUGCAGGCGUUCCCUGCUGAGCUGAGGAGACGGGCUGCAGACGAGGUGGCCCACGCAGGCACAGCUCAGUGCAGGAAGUGGAAGUGCCUCAGCGGCGGCCACUCUCUGGGGGAGCUCCAGUCCCUGAACACAGGGCUUUCUGCCUUGCUCGCUGUGUGUCAUUCUGCUGGUGACGUGCUGGAUGGUGGGCAACACACUGCAAUUGUGGAAGUCGGGAGUCAGCUCUGGGCUUUUUUAAACAUUAAACAGGUAGCAAACCAGCCUUCUGUUCAGCAGACAUUCAGCCUUUUACUUCCACUGUUGGGAUUCUUCAUUCAAACUCUAGAUCUUCAGCUGGUAAAUCAGGUUGUAACCCUGCAGGCCUCACUGCUUGAAUUAGAACCCCCCGACCACGUCCGCUUGGCAGUGCUGGAUUUCCUGUCUUCUCUGGGGAAGCUUUUCAUACCUCAGGCUGUCCAGGACAGAAUGCUGCCCAGCCUGGCGCGUGUCCUCGCCUCACUGUUGACUGACAGGACGUGGCUGCUAGAACAACAUGCCUUGGAGGCAUUCACUGAGUUUGCAGAGGGAACAAAUCAUGAAGAGAUAGUUCCACAGUGUCUCAGUUCUGAAGAAACUAAGAACAAAGUUGUAUCCUUCCUGGAAAAGACAGGAUUUGUUGAUGAAACUGAAGCUGCCAAAGUGGAACGUGUGAAACAGGAAAAAGGUAUUUUCUGGGGACGUUUUGCUGAAGAGACUGCAGACAAAGCAAAGAGUUCAUGCUCUCAGCCUUAUGCAAAAAGAGCCCGUCAGGAGUUUCCCUUGGAAGAGGAAUACCGGGUAGCACUGCAGGCCGCCGCAAGGGCCCUGGAGGCAGCUGAGUCCUUGCUGCGAAAGGCACCUGCUCCCACCUGGCUUCCAAAAGAGCUGGAGGAUCUGCAAGGAAGGGUUGAGAAGCUCAGGCACUGCCUGCUUGGUGACGAGACCUGUGUGGACCAGGCUAAGCGGGUCGAUGUUUUGUAAAUGAAGACACUGAUAAGAUCAUGGCUGU